AUGCGGGGCGAGGAUCAGGAAUCCCGGCUUCUCUACGACCUCUGCGUCCUCCUCCUCACUGUCCUCCGCUUCCCGCCUCCGUCUCCUCCCCCGGCACGGAGCCAUCCGGUCGUGCGGCGGCGGCAGGUCUCGCCUGCGGGGAUUGUGUUCCUUUUGCUUGGAGCCUCGAUGGCGCUCAUGCUCUGUGGGUCGGUGACGUUUGUCAUCGGUUUUAUCUUGAUGCCUUGGAUUCUAGGGUUCGUCAUGCUGCUUUAUUUUGUUGGAAUUGUUUCGAAUCUCUCGGGGCUCUGGAAGGCGAUCCUUUGCAAUAGAACCCCCGACGUCGAUGGGAUCUCCGGGAAGGAGAUGCAAGGUUAG